GAACGAUCAUUUAUAUUUAUAUUAAUGAUCGAUACCUGGUAGGUAAUAAAAGCUUUAAUGCGACGAGUAGUCAAGCUUUCAAUUUAUAUCGUUUUAUAUUUAGUUAAUACAUAUUAAUAUAUAGACGCGUACCGUAUGUCACAUCUGUAAUAUCUGUAAUAUCGAAUAUGUCACAAACAAUGAGGACGGAACGUUGUAAAGAUUAUUUUGCAACCAAAGUAAUAUAACGCACGUUAUAUCUCAGACGAACUAUAUGAUAUUACGAUAUCAGAAAUUUUCUAACACGUGAUUCAGAAUCACGAAUAGCGAAGGUCUCAACGAAUUAUUAACGGUGUAAUAACGAUUGACGUGUAGCAGAGUGAAUCAACGAAAUAACGAUUUUCAGUCAUCCGCACGUUACGGCACGCGCGCACGUGGGACACUUCUACAUAUGCGAUACACACAUGCAUGCACGUACGUGUGUACAUCUAUGUUGUGCGAAUUUUUUCAAGUUACGUCCAUUGGCAAAGAAUAAUUAAACCUUUCGCGUUACCUCAUCAUUUUACCGAUUGUAAGAUAAUAGUUAUUUCAUUGAGAUGAGAUUAAUUAGACGCAAGUAAAUAAGACCCAUCGGUCCCAUUUUGAUAACUAUAUACACGAGAAGAAAUAAUUAAUGGGAUGAAUCCCAUUAAACAAUCUUCGAAGGAAAUGUAUACGUUAGAUUUUGUUGGAUGAGAUAAUCUUUAUCGAUCCAUCAAUAUUCUCGCGCACUUAUACGUAACGCGCCGGAGAAUUUACUACGAUAGUAUGGUUCUUCUAUUUGAAAGAUUGAAAAUGUUGACGAUACCGACAUGCGAUAGUAUAUUGUAUAUGGAUUCACAAAAUUAUAUGAUCAUUGCAUUAUCGCCGCGAAACAAUCGAUUACCGAUAUAUAAAAGAAUAUUAUCAUUAACGUGUCUAGAGUAUAUAAAAUAAGCUGAUAUAAUAGAAUUAAACACGUGGCGACCUUGCCGUCAGAUUUUCCACUAUGGUUCUUUAUCGGUGUCAAAUGUUGUGACGGCUGGUUUCUAUGGUAUCGAGUGACCUGGUCAGUCUACCACGUGGUCAGUAACCGAGCUUUAAAUUUGGACUUGACUGGAUGUAACGAUAGUGGUUCCUCUGUUAGCUUCUACGAAGCACAUCAUUAAAAUGUGGACACCACUAGUUAGAAAGGACUGGUAGUUGAAUCAAUGUGAUCGGGACUCUCAUCUUGGUACGAAAGCUAAUCAUCCGAAAGGAAAUUGACUUCGGCUCAUUUCAUAUCCUCGGUAUAUCGUUGACAGGCCGUCGACCCAGAUUCGUCGACGGACGUCGAGACCGGGCGGAUUUUCUUCCGCACGAUGAGUUCGAUCCGUCUACAAGGCAGAAGAUGUUCUUACGCGAGGUUGUAUUAGUCGAGAAACGGUGUCAAAGACGGGCAUGGACACUAAGACCCCGCCUAUACCUUUGAAGCUUCCAGAGAAGGCUCAAACGAAGAAGCAGGAACGCUUGGUCGAUCUGUCCUUGCCGCCAUUGACACCUUCUACGAAUCGCCGACAGAAACUAAAGCCUGUUGUUAAUACGUGCUCGCGUGACUUCGUUUAUCCUACAUGCUAUCAAAAUCAUCAUAAGAAGAGACCUUACAGAGUGUUGCAAAUUGGCGCCACACCUUUGAUGCACGCUUGCCAGCAGGCCGACAGACACAAAGUCUUGAGACUAUUGAGGGAGCAAGAGGAGAGCAUCGGUUAUAGAGAUCGAACGUUAAGAAGUGCACUUCAUUACUGUAUGGACGCAGGAACGGGUGGUGCCGUAGCUUCAGCGGCACCAGAAUUGGUCAACGCUCCCGAUGCCGAGGGACAUACGCCUCUUCAUCUCGCAGUCAUUGCCGGCGAUACUCAGUUGGUGGCCGUAUUGUUGGCGAACGGCGCCGACGUCAAUGCCAAAGAUUUGGAAGGUCACAGCGUUCUUCAUUGGGCUACCGUCUGCGGAGAAGCGGAAUGCGUACGUCUGAUCUUAGCUGCUGGCGCUCGGCCUUCAACGCCGGAUCUUCGCGGAGGCUCGCCUCUUCAUUACGCCGCGCAAUGUUGCGGCGCCGCAGCGACCGCCGAACUUGCCGUACCAAAGAAAGUUGGCUUAAAGGUUUUGCAAACUCUUAUAGAAUUCGGCGCUGACGUUAAUGCGAAGGACGAAGACGGACGGCAGGCGAUCUUAUGGGCGGCCAGUGCCGGUAGCGUCGAGGCAAUUUUGGCCUUGGCAAGGGCCGGGGGAGCUGCGGCCGCAGGAGCAUCGGACAAGGACGGUUUAACGGCGCUUCAUUGCGCCGCGUCGAGAGGUCAUGCGAGAUGCGUCGAAGCGUUGAUUAAUUUAUGCGGAUCCCAGCCCGAUCACGUAGAUGACAACGGUUGUUCCGCUCUGCACUAUGCCGCUACGCUCGGUCACGCCGACGCCACGUCCUUGAUUCUUAAAUUAGGGGCCGAUCCAAAUCGACAAGAUCGAAAGGGUAGAACGCCGGCCCUAUGCGCAGCAGCCAAGGGUCAAUUGGAAACGUUAAAAAUUCUGGCACAGCAUGGUGGCUCGUUGCACGCUAGAACGGUACGAGGCACGGGCGUUGCUCACGAGGCCGCGGCUUCCGGAAGAAUCGAACUGCUCAGAUGGUUGGCUAAAAAGCGUCCGAGUAUGUUGGAUAUCGCUACGCAAGACGGUAAGACGCCUCUUCAUGUGGCAGCACUUCAUGGUCAUUUGGAUGGUUGCAAGGUGCUCUUGGAUCACGGUGCGAGAAUAAAUGCGAUUUUAAGAACUAACAAGGGUAAUACGAUGACCGCUUUGGAUGCUGCCCUUUACAGAGGUCACAGAGAUUGUGCUAAAUUGAUUCAAAUGCACGGCGGCACCACUGCUCAACGAUUAAGAGAUCAUAGGGCUACGUCCACUGGGAAAGUUUAUACCGCAAAACUUCGAAUUGAGCGUACAGAGAGUGGGACGGAUACGGAAGGUAGCCCUCCAAGGUGGGAUUAUCAUCGACUUAAGGCUCCUCGUGUCUAUUACGAGGAACGAUGGAUCGAAAAGAGAACGCGAAAGAGAGGAAAUUCCAAGAAAUUAUUACGACGAGACAGUCGAAGUUUCAGCGAAGAAGAAUUACGAUUCUCCAAGAAGGCGUCUCCGAGAAAAGAACGCCAGCGACGAAGCAGAAGCGAGUCUGCGAGAUACGACGAAAAUCGCAUGGAUACCGAUGAAAAAAAGUUAACGAGAAAAGGAAGAAAAAGACGAGUUACAGGGAGAUCCAAGGAUAAUUACAGCGAAUCCUCUAUAAAUUACAGCGACGAUAGUCUCCAAGAAGAUUUAGGGAAGAACGGAACGGUAAGGACGUAUUUUCGGCGUAAGCUCGAGAGGCGAAGAUCAAAAUCUCGUGCGGACAAGAUUAAAAAGAGAUCGAGAUCCGAGAUUGAAACAAAUCGAGCCAAUCUGAGGCAUUUGCAAUCGGCGAUUAAGAGCGAUCAAGACGAACACAGCGGUACCGACGACAGUUUGGAAGUAAUCGUUGUCAGGACGUCCGUCGAGAAGAAAAAGUGCGAGAAAAUUGUGUCCGGUGGAAAAGCAAAAAUGUCGAAAGAGAAUUCGAAAGAUGGUAGAAUAAGAGAGUCUCAUAAACGCAACUUGAAAAGUCAAAAGUCGGAAUCCAGCGAAUUUACGGUGCCGUCCGAUAAGGUAUACGAUGAGGCAUCCGAUAAGGCACCCGAGGAGGAUGCCCGCGUGGAUCAUCGGCCAUACUCCGACAAGAAAGAAAAAGAUGAUGUAGGAUAUAAGGACGUUGCUGGCGUUGACGAACUCGCGUCGAAGUCCUCCACGCCGGAGGAUAUGGGAAUGUCCUUCGUUGAAAGUCGAUAUAAUCACGGAGGAGACGUUACCGAUAGUACGAGCCACGAAACCGUCGAACGAGUCCUCGUUACGGCUAUGGUCCACAAAGAUCAAGGUCCGGACACACCAAAGUCUACGAUCGAAAUAUCGAAGGAAGUCACUUUUGAUGAUGGUCCGGAUAAGGAGAUGAUAGACAAAAGUUGCGAAUUAUUGGAAAGUAAGAUCGACGAUGUCUAUGCGAAAUCCGAACAACUAUCUAAUUCGCUAGUAACGAAGGCUAAGGAUAUAAAGAAGGGCUUAGAAAAUAUGCGCAGUGGGAUCAAGGAUAAGAAUGAGAAUGAUAGCGAAAGGAGCGAUGAUGAUAAGAGGAUGGUAGGAGACGUCGAAACAGUGGAAGUUUUCUAUAGAAACCAUUCACUAGGUAGGUUGCGCGCACACCAUGUAAAUGAACCCGAAAGAACUCCAUCGGAUUCUCAGGAGGCGCAAGAUCAACGGGGGAAAAUUGAACAUCAGGAAGAUUCUUUUAUUAAUACGAAAGGCGAUAGAAAAAUUCUUGAUAUAUCGCCGAGUGCCACGAAAGACGUCGCAAGUUGCGUCGAUGCGGUGAAUGAUGGUUUGACCUCAGAGAUAGAUUCGCAAGAUUUGCAUACAUUGGAAGGAUCAUUUCGAGAGGAGAUGCCAUCUUUGACGUCGGAAGAACUAUCAAAAGUAGAAAGGGAGAAACGGGGAUCGGAAGAAGUAACUGAGACGAUGGAGAAACACGAUAUAAACGGUACAUUAGAAAAAGGUGUUCCUUUAGAUAUCUUGAAAAAUACGGCUUCCGUGGAAACCUGCAAAGGGAAUAUUAUCACCGAUGGGUUUACAUUAGCGAACAAAGAAUCGUUUAAAAUCGGAGAGGAGAAACGUCAGAGCGAGGAGUUAUCGUCGACUUCUUUCGAUGCUCCUUUCAGCAAUGGCUUCUUCUCCGAGGAUAAGGAACAAAUAGAUUCCGCGCGUGGCAAAUCUGUGGAAUUAUCUUCAGAUUCUAGAGAUUCCGCAUUGAUGCGAGAGAAUGAGAAUGACUUUUCGAGAACGAAUACUCCAGUUCUCGCAAGGAGUAACAUUCUCGAAGUAAAAUCCGACGGACAUAAAGCAUCAAGUGACCCUAAUAAAGUCAAGAUCGUCCAAAUAGAUGCAAGUACCAAGUCUUCUACGAACGAGGAAAAAGUAUUCUCGAGUAAAGAGGAAAAGAAUGGCUCGCCGACGGGAACAACGAAACGUUCAAGGUGUUCAAGAGCUUCAGCGAGAAAACAAAUGGAAGGGGCUGAGUGCCAUUCGAGUCUAGCGAAAGGAUCGAGUAAGAUUAAAAAUUUAUUUGACAAGUCGGGAGAGCGUUCUCUCGAUCGCAGUGCAAUAGUUGCCGUUAUCGAGAGCCCGGAGUGGGAUGAAGAGGAUGAAGAGAUCGAUAAGGAGAUUAGAAAGGUUAUCGGAGAAGACGGGGAACGUGAUACAGAGCCAGAAGAAAAUAAUGAAAUGGGUGUUAUUAGAGUUUUGCCGGGUAAAAGCGAGGAAGAGGCUUAUAGGAGCCUGGACGUUGGUAAAUCCAGGAAUUCGGGUAUCGUUACCUUACCUCAGGUACAGAGAAGACCAUGCACGCACUCGGGAAAGAUUCUUAAGAUUACAGCGGAGGAUCAACGUCUUCGACAGUGUACGAAACAGUGUCGUCGUGACAGUGGUGGUAGAGAUAGUGGUAUAGAACCAAGUCCAAGAAUUUCUAGAAUACCAAAGAGAAGGAACGUGGUUGACUAUUCAAAGAUGGAGAAACAUCACGCCAUCAAUGUAGAUACCAUCACGAGAGAUGUUCAAAUUAGUCUUCGUCGUUAUCACCUGGAAAGGAAGAUCUUUUUUCAAUUGAUGGAACUCAAGAGAUUGCAGAUUAGGCAUGGUAGAGCUAACGAGCAAGUUUUGGUUAAAAGACAGGUCGAGUCAUUUCAUAAAGCUGGCAUGACUGGUCCAACCCUUGGUGUUGCUAAAUACGAUCAACCAUUGACCUUCAGACACUUCGAAGCGUUCUUAUACGAACAGUUGAGGAAAUUACAAAGGAGACCAGCCACGCCAAAUUUUUGUACAGAUGCAAAAUAUUGCACCCAAAGAACUCAUCGGUGUCAUCAUGCCACAACUGCCUAUACUUCAGUACCUGUUUACACUUAUAUUGGCGGAGAGGCGCAAGAACGACCGGAUCACUUUCCAAAAAUAGAGACUCGUGGAAAAGGACAAAUGACGGUGGAAGUAACUCACGGAGACGAGAAACAAGUCAUCGCACUACCAGCUGAAAGGCUGGAUUGUACCAAAAGAUAUUUCGUUACAUUUACCGUUAGAGGAGAAAGUCAAGGAACAACGAAAUCGUCUCAUUCUAUGAAACGAAGUGCUACAAGCGUUUAAAAUGUCCGUUAUAUAUAGUAUAUAUACUUAUAUACAUACAUACAUACAUAUAUAUAUAUAUAUAUACACACACGCACAAGCACACGCACACGCACACACACACACACACACAUAUAAUAUAACAUAGAUACAUGUGAGAUAUAAGCGAUAUCUCGCCUCGUUCAUGUAUUAACUUCGUACUCUGACAUUUCUUUUUGAAAGAGAAAGUGAGAAGUCGAAUUUAAUCUUAUUUAUUUAAAAAUCAUAAUAUUUAUUCUAUUUUAGCAUCAUAUUACUUUCCAAAUACUAUUUUGCAAAUUGCCAGAUUACAUUCCAAUACAGAGAUCAACGCGGAACAAAUGCUUGCGGUAUAAAUUUUUAUAUAACAUACAUAUUAUAGGUAUUGGUGAUAAAUUUUUCUUUUUUAUUCCAUUAAUUUUUUAUCCUUGACAAUUAAUUUUCGAGAAAAAUAUAUUAUAUAUGUUAUCUAAGGUAACCCAAUAUCUUAACCAUAAUUAUAUAUUAUUCGAUUAUCGGUUACUUGAAUGGAUAAAUUUAAUUAUUUGCGGUUAUAUUGGUGACCGUGUAAAUGUAACAUAUAUUACGUACGAUUAAUUAACAAAAAUAUACUAUACGAUAAAGACUAUAUUAUUACUGUAGGUUCUAUUAUGCAUUAUCGGUAUAACCGACGUUAUCGAUCACACAUACAUAUAUGUACAUACAUUAAAAUUGGCCGUAUAAAGUCAUACAAAACGUUACAAAUCUUCCAUUCUUCCAUUUGAAUACUUUUAUCAACCAAUUAUAUCGUCCAUUUCCUCAAUUAAAGUUCAAACAAUUAUUUCAUUUUGUCCAUUCAGAAAUAUCGAUAGGC